AUGUGUCCAGGUGUUAUUCACAUAAUGGACUUAGAUUACGGCCGAGUUAUAAGCGUUGGAUGUUCAAUUCUCACACAAAUGAUUAUUGGAUUUAUUGUCGUUAAGACAGGGCUUUUAAAAGCCGAAAAGAUUCCUAUGAUUAACAGAUUUUGUUUUCUAUAUAUGUUUUUCCCACUUGUUUUGAGAUUCCUUGCUCACCAAACUGUUGCCGAUCUCGACUUUAUGCCUUUUGGUAUUAUGGCUGCGGCUUCAGCUAUAGCUCAAGUUCUUUUGACUUUGUUAAUGGUCGUACCUUUUAAGAAUCGAUUUCUUACAUACGUAUCCUCAUAUUUCCCAGCAAUAUAUGUAAAUUACGUUAUAGUUGGCCUACCAAUAUUUACUUCAAUUUGGCCAAAAGCAAAUAUCUUAAUUGUUUCAAUGAUUACAAUGAGUAAUGAUCUUGUCACAGCUCCAGUAUAUCUUGUGGAAGCAGCAAUAGUUGCUUUGAUGAACAGAAAUAAGAUACAUGUCGAAAAAAAUGAACCGAAAGAGAAAUUUUCAUUCAAAAUCAUUCUUAACAUUCUCAAAGGUUUAGUUACUUCACCCAUUAUAUUGGGCGAUGCGUUAGGCUUCAUAGUUGCCGCUAUUGGUAAGGGUGUACCGACAUGGGUGGAUCGUAUUAUUUCAAUAGAUGCUGACGGUGUAUUAGGCGUGGCACUUUUUUGCGUUGGCGGAUUCUUAGCAUCGCAUUCCAUCAUAGCGUGCUCAUGGUGGAAGUUUAUAUUCUGCAUGUUCGUUAAGUUCAUUCUAUACCCCAUCAUUGUUGCUUUUGUUUGCUGGAUCUUCAAAUUAACACCAUUCUUAGCAAGAUGUUGUACGAUUAUGUCUACUUUACCUACAGCUUCUAGCUGCUACAUGAUGGCUGAAGCUGCAGGCUUUGGUGCUGGAGUUUCUUCUACGAUGAUCUUUUGGUCAAUGGUUCUAUUCAUUCCUUUCAUUAUUGCCUGGUCAGCUGUCCUGGAUGCUCUUAACAUAUUUGUUUCGAAUUAA